UUGUUCUUUUCCAAUCUUAUCAAAAUUAUAGAAUAAUUUUUCCUACUAAAUUAUAUUAACUCUAGAAACAUGCCUGCGGAAUUGCCAGUUGACAUGCUAAACGCCUCCUUGAAGGAGAUCGUCGUGAGAAGAAAGAAUCAUCAGCUUUUCAAGAAACUCGCUCAACAAACUCAUCUCAAUUACAGAGAAGUGGAAGCACUGGCCCUUAUACAUGAUAAAAUCGUAAGAGUGAUGGGACCAGUACAAAGGUUAGUUUUUCGUGACGUUUUACAUUCCGGAUUCGACCAUACAGAAAACAUUCGUCAUUUGCUAGUCGAUCGAAUAUUCGCAGCAAUGGAUAAGCAAAAUAUACUUCAGAUUUUCAUGGACCAAUGGAACGAAGGAAUGUCUAUAAUUUUACGUGGAACUCUAAACGAAAGAAUAAAUUUCGGUUACAGGGUAUACGAUCUAAUGAAAAAUAAUAGAAUCCGAAAGGAACAAAUCUUUCCAAUAAUGAGAGGCUGUCUGAUAAAACAACAACCAGACGAAGAUCCCGACGAGGGUGUCAAAGACCUCAUUGAAUUGAUGUUAAAAAAACUGGAUGUUGAUCGCGAUGGGAAAGUAUCUUUCGAAGAUUACAGUACGGCUGUUAAAGAUAGAAAUGCAUUGUUCCUAGAAUGUAUUGGUCCUAUAUUCCCGUCACGAGAUGCACGUAAUGCAUUUCUAACAUCGUUUACAGACAGAACGGGUCGAUUUUGAUUUUUCUUUUUCAAACAAAUUUUUUCUUUCGAUGCCACCAUAAAGUCCGAGAAUACCGUCCAUCGUGAGCAACGUUGUUGGCGCAAGCCUCCUCGCGACGGUAGGCUUAUUAUCGUAUUUACGACGAGGUGAACGAGUCUUCUCUAGUUGAGGACUGUUGAGGUUGAGGACUGGUUAUCCCUCAGACAAGUAUACGAGUAUACUUCUAUAUCUACUAUGUAUUCCUACGUGCAUAUAUAUGUAUAUAAGAGUGUAUACGAUUCUCGCGCCAGUGAACAGGCAAACGCGUGAAAUCAGACAGAAAAUAUCCGCCUAGACGAUCGCGUGACGCUUCACUAAAUUUUCGAGGCUGUCGAUCCUUUUGCGACUCAUCCAACGGUGAAAAGACUCGUUCACUUUGUCAACAAUUGCAAAUGGACCGCGUGUAAAUACCAUUAAUCGCAUCAAGGAAUAAAUCGAUCUAGAAGGACCGUCGCGAAGAUAUUCAUUGUACGUUCUUAUUAUUAUCAUAAUACGCGGAUAGAUAAACGAUGCACUUUAAAUCUGUGAAUAAUAUUACAUAAAUUUCAAUGUAAAAAAAUUCA